AUGGAGGCCCUUCCCUCGUUCUACAUGGAGCUCGGUCCCGGGACGAUGGACGAGAUCGAAACGGACCUGUUCCUGGGCGGCCAAGCGGCGGCCAGAAACGCCGAGCUGCUGCAGAAGAACAACAUCACCCACGUGCUGUCCAUCGACAUUCGCCCGUACCCCGCCACCCUGGCCGCCAAGAACAACCUCACCACCAAAUACGUCCAGCUGAUGGACCUCCCGUCGGCCGAUCUGCUCUCGCACUUGGACGACUCCUACAACUUCAUCGCCAAGGCCCAGCAGAACGGCUCCGUCCUGGUGCACUGCUACUUCGGCAUAUCGCGCAGCGCCAGCUUCGUCAUCGGCUACCUCAUGAGGAAGUACCAAAUGUCCUACGACGACGCCUACGAGGUGGUGCGCUGCAAGCGCGGCAUCGUCUUGCCCAACGAGGGCUUCGUCGCGCAGCUGAGGAUCUACCGGUUGAUGGGCUAUCGACUCGACAAGGACAGCAUACACCUGAAGAUGCACCGGCUGACGGUAGCCGCGGAUUCCGUGAAGCGGCUGCGCGUGCUCUCCAAGGACUUCCUGAAGCUCAUUCGGCCGGAUCCCAGCAACGAGAAGCAAUCGUCGAAGGUGAAUUUGUGCAGGUGCAGGAAGUGCAAGAGGCUGUUGGCUACCGAAGCUAAUAUACUGCCGCAUAAGGAUAAGGAUAAGAUUUGCGAUAAGAUGUUCUUCAUGGAGCCGAUCACUUGGAUGAACGUCACCAAGAGCGAUAGAGGGAGGUUGUUCUGUCCGAAAUGUAGCCUGGACGUUGGGAAUUUUAAUUGGGUGGUUGGUAACAUUUGUCCCUGCGGGUUUCGCACGACGCCCGCGUUUUGUAUUAACGCGUCUAAAGUAGAAUUUGUCGCCAUUGCGGGCGACGUCUGGCGACGGCAAAAAGGCGCGCAAAUCGCGGCCCGCGACUCGAAUUUCGAUCAUUAG